UCGCCAGUAUUUCUUUAAUAAUCAACCUCAGUGGUUGCAUUCCCAGUAAUCACCAGAAAACUUAAAUUGUUCUGCAUGUUCGUAGGCACUAAUCUACAUGAACAUUCAAUCUUAAAAUUUCACCGGUCACCCAUUGAAAUCAAUUGGUUAAAGAAUAUAAUCAACAUGAAUUUAGGUAAUUUGAACAUUAUUCUAGCUUUAAUCUGUUUAAGGGCAUAUUCCAAAACUUCGGCACAGACAGCCGCCGCACCCGGACUAAAUAACUUUAAGGAAUCAAACAACUCAAGCAGCAAGGACACAUUAAAUGAAACUUCUACUGGACUCUUGAAUAAAACAUUGUCCUCAACAACUGUUGUGAAUGGAACCUAUUCAACAGAGACUUCAAAAGCUACUACCGGUAGUAAGCCUGCUCAAAAUCCUAUAGAUAAGCCAUUAGAACCAGCGGACUGCUCCCAGCGUGAAAAAUACAGAAAACAACCAAUUGCAAAAAAAUCUUCCCGCUUGCGAAAAUGCUGUCCACAUGGAGAAAACCUAGAUAUUUAUCGCGAAAAUCAAAGUGAUUCUAUGUGCGACAGCGGUGUUUUAACGUUUCAACCGACUAUAAUAAGUGCGGUUCUGUUUGAUAACUGCAUUGAAGACUUAGAGAUUGAGACUACUCUAGACUACGGUAUUGGAAAUCCGUGUAACAGCUCCCUUAUAUAUGACGAUGAAGAGGAUGUUUUUUUCGUUUUACAAGACGGAAGCUUGUUAAUUAUUGACAAGUUUGGAAAUGAAUCGUAUACAGUCGAAGAAAAUUACUGCUUAGAUAUUGAUAAAUCUGGACACUUUUUUGCCUUUACAUGUGUUACACAGGUUGAAGAACAAAUUGCAUUCGCAAAAGUAAUUUUUGUUGCUGUUUUAAUGCUUAUAUCGAUGCCCUGUCUGUUAUUAGUUAGUUAUUUGCACAUGACACUUCGAUUAUUGCGCAACUUACAUGGACUCUGCUUAAGUUUGAUGUCUUUGUGUUUGGCUUCAGGAUACUUUGUGCACUCUGUGGUGCACAUAUAUGGCAUCCCAAACCAAGGAUUUAUCGGCUACGUUAUACAGUUUUGUAUUUUGAGUUACUUUUUCUGGUACUUUUGUAUAUGCUUUAAUGUUCUCCUAAAUGUGUGGUACAAGUUGCCCUGCUGCAUUCAGCUUUCUAAGUCCUGGGCCACGGUAAAUUUUUCGUGCUAUGCUGUUUUGGCUUUUUCUGUACCGGCUACAAUAGUUGCCCUUACAGUUCAAAAGGGUUUGCCAGGAAUGCCGUCAUACUUUCUGCAAGGCCUCACGGAAUCUAUACGAGACUCACAACGUUACUUUAUACCUCCAGUUUCCACAAUACUUUUUCUUAGUUUCUUAAUUAACAUCAUAUCAUUCUUCGGAUUUCAACGUAUAAAUAACUAUGCAAAAGGUGAAAAAGGGGAUCAAGUACAGCGAAAUUUAUUGUUUGAUCAACAAAAAUACGAAGAAGUAAAAAAGGACGCCAAAUGCGUCAGCUUUCUUGGAAUAAUUAUGGUCAUAAGCUGGCUACUUGAAAUAGUAACAUUUUACUCGGCAUCGAACUCGAAUUACCUGCUUCUUUGCGAUAUGGUAAAUGGUCUUCAAGGAGUUUGGGUAUUGCUUAUUUUUCUAGUUGUACGAAGGCGACGUACAAUAAUUUUAAGGUGGUGGUAUGAUCGUGGAUCCCACGCAAUUGAAGGAACAGAAUUGCAGGCUCUGAGUAAUAUUAACAAUCCCACUUAGACAUAAAUUAUAUUAUAAAAUUAUAAGGGAUUUGCUUGUUAUAUCACAUCUUUAAUUCUGAAGUAUUUGAGCCGAAAGGAUGAUAUAUGUAUAGGAAAUAACUAAGAAAAGGUCCUGAAAGUGGAUAAAAAGCACAGCAUCAUCUUUAAGAAUUCCUUAGUGUUCCCAAUAUCGUACAGGGGUAUCUUAUCUUAGUACAAGAUAAUAUUUAUAACACGCCUCCUAGGCCGGAAAAGACAUAUCUUUUUUAUAACUAAAAGAAAAUUAAUUGUUCUAUUUAUCGCCCAAAAUAUUUCUUAAAAAAUUAAGGCUACACUAGACCUUUAAAAACUUUAAAACUUCAGAAUAAUAUUUAAAAAUUAUGUAAAUUGUUGUUUAUUUAGACUUAUGUAUAAAUAUUAAAUGUUUUUGUUGUCACUAAUAUGGUCAUAUAAA